AUGGAUAACGAUACUAGAUUUCCUGCAUUGUCCGGUGGUGAAGUAAUUGUGGGUAAAUACAGAGGUCGUGAACGCUCCCAAUUAAACAAAGCAAUAGUUAUUGUUACUAAUUUUCGGCUCUUAAUUCGUUGGAAAGCGACGAUUUGUGGUUGUGUUAAUCGUUCUUCUUAUUCUUCGAUCAUACUCGAUUCAAUUGAUCGCAUCGACGAAACACGUCUCGAUGAGAAACUCACGUUUCUCUCGAUAACUGUAUUACUCGUAGGAAUCAUUUCUUGUAUAUAUGGUUUUAUUUACGAAACACAAUGGCUUCGACCACUGGGAAUAACAUUCAUCGUCUUCGGCAUGGUCCUCGUCGUGUGUUUAUGGAGCUUGAGCAAAAGGAAAUGUAUCACAUUGAGAGGCACUUUUGGCUUGAAAAGAGUUAUGUUUAAAACGGUGAUUGCAAGAGAAUUUGCAGGACAAUUGAGCGAAAUGAUUCAUCAGAGACGAAUUCAGUAUUUUGGUGCACAAAAUACGCGUAACGGAUCGUAUUCACCACGAGAAUUUUUAACACCACUGGUAGCAAUGAACGUUACUGGAACUGACGUAAAAGUCGAAAGCGAAAACACAUACGAUCCUUUACUGAACACUGCGUAG